CUUUUUCCUGUGUUACACUUCAGAAAAAGAAGACACUAGUGAUAAUAUCUGAGAGGAAGGAAGCAGUGUAUCGUGCUGGGCCUCUGCAUGUAACAUUAUAAAAAUUGUCUUUUUUUUUUUUUAAUAGACCAGUCUCCCAAACGGUUUCCAGAGAUGGAUUAUCUUGCUUUCUUCUUGGCUAUUGUUCACAUAUACAGAGCUCUAUGUGAAGAGAUGUUCUGGGACACGACUGUUAAACUGGCUGAGAAUAUGAGUCUAGAAUGCGUGUACUCAUCACUGGACACCUUAACCCAGAUGGAGUGGUUCAAGAUCAAUACCACGGACAGAGAGUCCAUAGCCAUAUUCAGCCCUGCCUAUGGUGUGAUUAUAAGGACACCCUAUGCUGAUAGGGUUUACUUCUUAAAUUCUACCAUGGCUCCUAAUGAUAUGACCCUGACCUUCCAUAAUGUCUCUGAGGCUGAUGUUGGCUACUACUCCUGUUUACUUCAUACUUUCCCAUAUGGCCAUUGGGAAAAGGUGAUCCGGGUGGUUGCAUCAGAUGAUUUCGAGAUAGCUGUGCCAUCAGAUAGCCUCAUGGUCUCAGAACCUGGAAAAAAUAUCACACUCUCCUGUGAGCUUCCAACAAAGUGGCCAGUACAACAAAUUACCUGGGAAAAGAUCCAGCCCCAUCAGAUUGACCUCUUGACCAGCUGCAACUUGUCCCAAGGGAAAAUUUAUACUUCAAAAUACCAAAGAUGGGUGUCGAGUGACUGUAGUCCGGGAAUGACCAGCACCUUCAUCAUCAUGCCCCAGGCCAUGGUCUCUGACUCAGGACUCUACCGCUGUGGUUUCAGUGCCGGAAUGGGAGAAAAUGAAACCUUUGUGAGGAGGUUGACUGUAACUGAUGGUAAAAUGGAUAACCAAUAUACCCUCUUUGUGGCCGGAGGAACAGUUUUAUCGUUGCUGUUUGUAAUCCUAAUGACCGCCGUCAUUGUCAUUUCUCAUAGAAGGAGAAGGAGACAGAACAGAGGACUGUUUAAAGAGCACAGAAAUAAGGAUGCACAGAACAAGGCAACCAACAACUACAGAAAUCCCAUCUCUACCAAUCAGUCAUCGGAUUGUGCAAGAGAAGAUAUUUAUGUCAACUACCCAGCCUUCUCUCACAGACCGAAGACUAGAAUCUAAGCUUUUUCCUGGAUCUGAGCAAAACUUAUGGUGACUGUUACGUACAUGGAUCUUAAUAUAAUUUCUUCCCACUACUCAGUGCCUAUCCAGGAUACCAGUUAGCUACAUUUAUUUAAUUUGAUAUGAAAGAUACUUUAUUACCUAGAGAACAUUCUUAACAGAAAUGUUUCAGAAAACCUGACUCUAAUUAGUUUAGACAUGAAGGGAAAUUUACUGAAUCAUGUAAUGGAACCAUCCAGGGGAGAUGAAGCUUCAGGCAAGGGUUAUUCACAAAGGUUUAAAUGUCUUGUCUAGAAUUAAGUAUGGGCAUACACCUGCUUCUGGAUUCCCUUUUGUGGUAUUGGAUCCACUUUAUUGGUGUUAGCCUCUUAUUCAGGCAUUUCCCUUGUGUUUCUAAAAACCCUUGGCAAUUCACAAUCCUUGUUUCUGCCUGGUGGAGAGGUUACUUCUCUGAUAGAGCAAACAGAUUUGGUUAUUUGUGCAGCAUUAAACAGGCAACAUGGCCAAAAAAGAUGGAAUCAAGGGUUUAAGUCAAGGGUUCACCUCUAGACCCAGGAGUGAGGCCAAAGCACAUUAGUGGGAAAUUCAGAGUAUCAUUAGACGAGGGAGACGGGGCCCGGAAGCUGAACUGGUUACCAACAAAUGUGAACAGCAGUGCCGUUCUGAGACAUCUCUUGUUAACCAACUAAAAAGAGAAUAUGUGGAUGGGUGUGAGUUAGCUCUCCCUCUCCUCACUUUAAAAUCUGCUAUAUCAGCAGAGUUCAGAGGAGUACUUGGUAGCAGAACAAAUGAAUGUUCAAGAGGAAGAUAAAUGUGACAGGGAAAUCUCUUCCCUUUGUAUUAUCAAAUAAAGUAAUCUCUGAUCCUGCAUAGAAUUCUUGCCCCUCUCCCUGGCCUAGCUUUAAGAGCAAGUGUAGCAGAAAGUCCAAUAGUAACUUAAUGUUUUUGAAUUUUUCCACUGUUGAGAAUUAUUUAAAAAAAAUUUUUUUAAAUGUCCACUUAUUUUUGAGAGGUGAGGGGAGGGGCAGAGAGAG